UGCAUCAAUCUGAUAAAUUGUCGAUUGACCGACAAUCAGUUGGAAAAGAUGGAAAAACAGUGCUAGAAUGCCCCAAGGUCACAACGAGGGGCUAUUAUUCGGAAAUUAUAACGAGUGAAGACUAUGGGUGCGCCGUGGAUGCCGAGGGUUUGAUAGGUUGUUCCCGAAAAACAAAUUUUUUAUGGCAAGUCAAAACCGAAAAACACGCCCCAACAGUUUUCAAAUUUCAAUCACCGAGAAAAAAACUCGACUUAAAAGAUGCCGAAAGGUGGAUGACGUUCGACGAGGAUGAGUUAAUUGAAUUUUCUGUUGAUACUUUCAAACCGAAAGUGCAGCUCCAGCAAACUGUUUACCCCUUUGAGAUGACCCGGAGUGUAGCUACGGAGCGGCUACGCAGGUCUUACCAGGCUAAGAAUAUUCAAUUAUUGCUCGAGAAAUUGAAGAUCGAACCGACCCAUAUGGUUUCAGUGCAGCUUUUAGAACAAUACUACCCCAAUAAGGUUCCUCACGUUAACAUCACCACGAAUUACCUGCCUUUGGAACUAUUUGACGACGAGGAAUACGAUUGCAGAACACCGGAAAAUUGGUUAGAAUUGGGAAUCGUCAAAGGUAUGCGCAAUCCCCUACCUGGCGAAGCCUUCGUACCUGUUGAAUCUUACGUCUUGGAACCCUUCACCCGCCUCAACGAUCUUUUUGCCAAUUUGGGACAAUGGGUAAACGUCGCUGUUCAGGAUUACAAUACCGAAACCAAACUUUGGAAGAUUUUGACUCUUGAUGGCACCCGAAGAUCCUUCGAAUUACCCCGUAUUUAUGUCAUGUUUAAAGCUGAAGAUCCAUCAGUUUUCGCGCGGAGAAUUAAAGCCGCCGUGGAUUUACGACGUGAAACUGAAGCUACUUUAAGAUAUAAAUUCUAUUUAAAUACAAUGCUUCUUGUCGACAUACCUGAAUUGGAUGACGAUUUAAUAGACAGGAUUUAUUAUUCUGCGACUAGAAACAAUUUUAUGAAAGAAGCGGCUUCAUGGUCGAAGCUCGUCAAACAAGUGCAAUUCUCUUAUCAGCAAACACAUUGCGAUCUUCAGUUCAGAAGAGAUGCUGAGAAAGACGCGAGAUUAAAGCCUUAUGUCGAAAUGACAGCCAAAGGAUGGGAUGAAACUCUUAGAAUUGUUCCUAAAUUCAAAACUGGGAUGAAAUCGUUUUCGGGAAUGUGUGAAUAUUUUAAAUGGAUGAACAUUUACGUGACUCCUGAGACGUAUCGAGCCAUGUUUUUAGUAGUUGGAGAAUGUUUAAAAAUCGAGCAAAUGUCCCUAUUUACUAAAAGUUACGGAAUCAAACAUAUCACACUUGAGGAGUUUGACACGGUGCAAUCUCAGUGCACUAAUAAUGUCAUCAAACAUAUGCAAGGACAGUGGGUCGAAACGGUUGUUUAUAAUAUAAGAAUGUGUUUAGGUGACGUGGGUAAAGGUUGGUUCGAUAUCAGCGUUUACAAUUACGAAGUAUACGAGGUUUCCAAGUUAAAAAGGUUUAUGGAAUUGGUUAAAUAUCGGAUGCAGUACACUUUGAGAAUCCUUGUUCUCCAUUCCAUCGAAGUGUUUAUCGAUCUGGUUGAAACUCCUUGCUUGCCGUGUCUCGGAGUUGAAGAUGAUUUCGUGUGGGGGUCCAACCUGAUUGAUAGCCCUUUCGUGUCAAGAGCUUCGGCAAUUUUCAUUUUACAAUUAAAGAUGGACGAGAAUUCUGCUUUCUACUCAACGCAUUUGGAACAAUUUGAGAAAGUUUUGCUUAGAUUGUACGACACGGCACUGACUUUUACGCACAAAAUCAAGCAGGUGCAUCCGUUUCUAUUAAAGAAUUUAAACUUUCCUCAUGAUUUGAUGUUAUCAUCUAUUGGUUUAUUGGCAGAAGAGGUAGUUAGUGUCAGGGAGAGAUUUCUUUUGGCUUACAAGAAGGCACUAAUACCUUUAAGAGCAUUUGCCAAAGAGUUUGACAUUUACAUUGAGCUUUUUACCCUCGAUGUCAAAGACUACGUCGAACAGUUUAAAAAUGACCAACACACGGCUUCCGAAGUUAAGGAAGAAGUUUCCUUUCAUUUGAGAAUGAAAGCUAAUUUGGAGGCUACUUUACCGACGACUAUAAUCAUAGGUCCGUUUUUCGUCACAAUCGAGCAAUUGAGACACUUUUUGAUUAGUAAACGCCAAGAGCUUGCAACUAAACUUUUGGAUAUGUUUUGUCAAAGAAUGAAAAAUUGUAUACUGGAUGUUCUCGCAGAAUACAACAGAAUAAGUGAGAAAUUGAAUGAAAAACCGGAUAAUAUCGAAAAUGUUUUCGAGAUACGGGAAUGGAUGGAGACCAUACCGAUGUUGGUCCGAACUCAAGAAGAUUUGGUUCGACGAUAUGUAAUUGAAUAUGAUGUUUUGGAGCACUUUUGGUAUGCUCUACCUCAAGAAGAUUUUGAAAAUAAAUGGGAAGCUGUCGGUUGGUCUUAUAAACUUUCAAAACAGGUCGAACAAACUGAACAGUAUCUCAAAGAAGAAGAGGAGAAGUUCUACAAGAUUCAACUGAACGACGAAUAUAACCUUCAAGAGAAAAUUGAAGGUUUUACCGCACAAGUUGUCAAAAUGGCCAAAGAGAAGGAUUUUUCUCGAACUCACGAAAUCGCCGUCGAUAUGCGUCGACUGUGGAAGGCCUUGAAAGAGGCACAAGAACAAGGACAGCUUUUGAAUCAGAGACAAAAACUCUUUAACAUUCCCGUUGUUCCGUUUGAUAAUCUUUUAAAAUUGAUCAAAGAGUUCGAGCCCUAUAAAACACUCUGGAUUACGGCUUCGGAUUGGUUGAGAGCAUAUGAAAUGUGGAUGGACAAUCCCCUUGUCAACAUUGACAGCGAAGCAAUAGAAAGAUUAGUUACAGAUAUGUACAAAACUAUAGUCAAAUCGGUUCGAGUUUUCGCCGAAAUUGAGGCAGUCCAACAAGUAGCACUAGAGGUGAAAAGGCAGAUCGAAGAGUUCAAACCCUUGAUUCCCCUUUUGUUAAGUUUGAGAAAUCCGGGGAUGAGGCAAAGACAUUGGGAUAAAUUUAAAGAAGAGACGGAUAUUAACUUAAUUUGGACUCCUGCGACUACGUUUAAGGAUUGCCUUGACCUGGGCGUGGCAGAAUAUACCGAGAGAUUAGUAGGAAUCGCUGAUGAAGCAAGUAAGGAGUAUACAGUCGAGCAGACAUUACAAAAAAUGAUGAACGAGUGGGAGAAUUGCACAAUGGAGCUAACUCCUUAUAAAGAUACAGGGACGUAUAUUAUGAAAAUUCCCGAAGAGACGCAACAGAUGCUCGAUGAUCACCUGGUAUUGACUCAACAGGUCAGUUUUAGUCCGUUCAAGGGACCGUUCGAGCAAAUGAUUGACCAGUGGGAGGAAAAUCUUAAGAUUACUUCAGAUGUCAUCGAGGAAUGGAUGGAUGUGCAAAAACAGUGGAUGUAUUUAGAACCUAUCCUAACAAGUGAAGAUAUCAGAAUACAACUUCCGGCAGAAAGUAAAAAAUACGGUUCGAUGGAACGGACCUGGCGCCGCAUUAUGAGAGGAGCUCGCGAUAAUCCAUAUAUUUUGAAAUAUUGCGCUGACCGAAAAUUGUACGAGAGUCUUAAAGACGCCAACCACAUUCUAGAUAUAGUCCAAAAGGGACUUGCGGAUUAUUUAGAAACUAAACGAAUGGUAUUCCCUCGAUUGUACUUCUUGAGUGACGACGAAUUGUUAGAGAUUUUGUCGCACGCCAAGAAUCCUUUGGCCGUGCAACCUCAUUUGCGUAAAUGCUUUGAAAACAUUGCGAGGCUUCAAUUCGAGACAGAUCUGUGCAUCACUCAGAUGUUUUCGGCCGAAGAUGAAUGCGUUAGUCUCACCCCCACUCUCUACCCCACUGCAAACGUAGAAAAUUGGUUACUUCUAGUGGAAUCAAGUAUGAGAAAUACAAUACGGACGAUCCUUGGAGAUUCAUUAAAAGAAAUCAAUGAUAAACCGAGAGACCAGUGGGUGCUCGAAUGGCCAGGACAAGUGGUCAUAGCAGGAAGUCAAACUUUUUGGACUGCCGGCGUGGAACACGGAAUUGGGGAAAAUACCCUGAAUGAUUUUCUGGAGAAUGUCGUUUUUACUAAUUUGGAUGCGCUUCGCGGUUUGGUCAAAGGUUCUUUGUCGUUCCUGCAUCGAGAAAUUCUUUCAGCUUUGAUUGUAAUUGAAGUACACGCACGUGACGUAACACAAAAAUUGGUCGACUUGAAUAUCACAAACGUGAAUGAUUUUGAUUGGAUAAGUCAAUUGAGAUAUUAUUGGGUGGAUCCCGACCUUAAGGUUCGAGCAGUGAAUGCAGAAUUUCAAUAUGGUUACGAAUAUUUGGGCAACAGCGGUCGUUUGGUUAUAACCCCUUUAACCGAUCGGUGUUACUUGACCUUGACAGGAGCUCUCCAUUUGAAAUUCGGAGGUGCUCCGGCUGGUCCGGCCGGUACUGGAAAAACGGAAACCACCAAAGAUUUAGCCAAAGCAAUGGCUUUGCAAUGUGUCGUAUUUAACUGUUCAGACCAAUUAGAUUUCAUGGCUAUGGGCAAGUUUUUCAAAGGAUUGGCCAGUUCCGGCGCUUGGGCGUGUUUCGAUGAGUUUAAUCGAAUUGAUAUUGAAGUCUUAUCAGUGGUAGCUCAACAAAUCACGACUAUUCAAAAAGCGCAACAAGCUCGUCUUGAUGUCUUUAUUUUCGAAGGGUCUGAAAUCAAAUUAAAGGAAUCUUGCGCUGUUUUUAUAACAAUGAAUCCUGGUUAUGCCGGCCGAACCGAACUACCCGAUAAUUUGAAAGCACUUUUCCGACCUGUUUCAAUGAUGGUCCCGGAUUAUAGCUUAAUUUCUGAAAUUUCUCUGUUUUCGUUUGGAUUUAGUAAUGCGAAGUUGUUGGCAAAUAAAAUAACCACAACUUUUAAAUUGAGUUCGGAACAAUUGAGCACACAGGAUCAUUACGAUUUCGGAAUGAGAGCUGUCAAAACUGUGAUAGCAGUUGCUGGGAAUUUGAAACGAGAGAAACCAGAAAUGAACGAAAGUCAGAUUGUGUUGAGAGCGUUGCGGGAUGUGAACGUUCCCAAGUUUUUGAAGGACGACCUUAAAUUGUUUAAUGGAAUAGUAUCUGAUCUGUUUCCAAAAAUGGUGGAGGAGCCGGUCGAUUACGGCGUGUUGGAGGAAUCGAUUCGUGCGUCUUGUAUCAAGAUGGGAUUAGAAGACGUGAACGAAUUUGUCCGGAAAGUGAUUCAAUUAUACGAAACUACGAUAGUCCGACAUGGAUUAAUGCUGGUGGGACCGACGGCGUCCGGGAAAACAAAGUGUUAUGAAGUGUUAAAAGCUGCGAUGACGGCGCUCGAGGGCCAACCCCAACCCAGCGGCCAACCAUUUCGCCCCGUCCACACCUAUGUCAUGAACCCCAAAUCCAUCACAAUGGGGCAACUAUACGGUGAAUUUGAUUUGCAGACCCACGAAUGGACCGACGGGAUUCUUCCCUGUUUGGUCCGCAUAGGAGUGGCUGCGGAAAACAAAGACAAGCGUUGGUACGUUUUCGACGGUCCCGUGGAUGCCGUCUGGAUCGAAAACAUGAACACUGUCCUCGACGAUAACAAAAAACUGUGUUUAAGCAGUGGCGAAAUUAUUAAACUGCGAGAUACAAUGACGAUGAUGUUUGAAGUUGCAGAUCUAGCUGUGGCUUCUCCGGCGACUGUCUCUCGAUGUGGGAUGGUUUACCUUGAGCCGGGAGUUUUGGGAUUAGCGCCGUUUAUCAACUGUUGGUUGAAACGACUCCCGAAGUUGGCAGCACCGUAUGCGGAAAAAUUCAAAGAAUUAAUUUAUACUUAUGUAGUGCCAGGAAUUGAACUGGUACGUAAUCGUCUUAGAGAGAUUUUGACUUCAGUGGAUUCGGCUCUUUUGUAUAAAUUUUUACGUUUGAUGGAUUACUGGCUUUUGCCGUUAUCCGGGCGUGAUAAUAAACCACCACCAGGACCGCAAUUUUUAGCCUUGAUUCCCGGGCUUUUGGCCCCUUGGGUUAUUUUUUCCAUGAUUUGGAGCGUCGGUUGUACUUGUGAUAAUCGGAGUCGUGUCUUUUUUGACCACUGGCUUCGAGAAAAAAUGUCUGAGGAACGAAAUGAGCCUUAUUUUCCCCGAAAUGGUCUAGUGUACGAUUAUAGAUUGCACGAUGGUGGGUUUACUGACCCUACAGAAGAUGGGCAACCCAUCCCACCUCAAUGGUAUAGUUGGAUGGAUAAUGUGGAAGAAUUUAAAAUUACUGUCGACAUGAAAUAUUCUGAUAUGGAAGUUCCGACUAUGGAUAAUGUCCGAAACGCGAAAAUGUUAGAAAUAGUUUUGAACAAUUACGAUAAUGUGUUAUGCGUGGGCCCCACGGGAACGGGAAAAUCUCUCACAGUUGUCGGAAAGUUAAGUCGAAGUAUGCACAAGAAGUUUAUUUGCGAUUUUAUGAGUUUCUCAGCGAGAACUUCAGCCAAUCAGACUCAGGAUUUGCUCGAUUCGAAACUGGAUCGACGCAGAAAAGGCGUGUUCGGUCCUCCGGUCCUAAAACGUCAGAUAUUUUUUAUCGAUGAUUUUAACAUGCCGGCUUUAGAAGUGUACGGUGCCCAACCCCCCAUUGAACUAAUUCGACAAUGGAUGGAUUUCGGAGGCUGGUACGACCGGAAAAACAUCGGCGACUUUCGUACAAUCAUCGAUACAAAUUUUUGCGUCGCAAUGGGACCCCCUGAAGGAGGCAGAAACCCGGUCACGGCUAGAUUAUUAAGACAUUUCCAUUAUUUGGCCUUCAUCGAAAUGGAGGAUGAUAGUAAAAGGAAAAUUUUCGGAACGAUUUUUAAAUUUUGGAUGGACCGAAUUCCGGAAGAGUAUUCUCUGGGAGAAUAUUACGAACCGAUUUUAGAAGCAACACUCAGUGUUUAUAGCACGAUUUUAAAAGAGUUGCUUCCUACGCCCGCAAAAACACACUAUACCUUUAAUUUGCGAGAUUUGAGUAAAGUUUUUCAAGGGUUGUUAAUGUUUAAUCCGGAAAAAAUGACAGAUAUAAAUUUAUUGGUGCGUUUGUGGUACCACGAAUGUUGUCGCAUUUUCCAAGAUAGAUUAGUGAACGACGACGACAGAAACUGGUUUGCAAAUUUGCUCAAAAGUAAAAUCGAGAGUGACUACGAUGUUGAUCCUGCUUCGGCUCUUGGGACACAAAUGUUGUUUUUCGCUGAUUUUAUCGAUCCUACGACUGAUUAUCGCGAGUAUGAACAAAUCACUGACCCAACGAGAUUAUCGAACGUCCUUGAUUAUUAUUUGAACGAGUAUAACGACCAGAGCACUCGUCCGAUGAAGUUAGUCCUAUUCCUUGAUGCAAUUUCGCACGUUUGUCGCAUUUCGAGGAUCAUUCGUCAGCCACUAGGCAAUGCACUUCUAUUGGGUGUAGGCGGAUCCGGCAGACAGAGUCUGACGAGACUGGCGACCUUUAUGGCGGAGUACGUUUGUUUCCAGAUUGAAAUUCACAAAACUUACGGCAUGUUUGAAUGGCGCGAGGACAUCAAAGGACUUAUGCUUAAAGCCGGUCUUCAAAGACGCGAAACUGUUUUUCUUUUCUCAGACACACAAAUUAAAUCCGAGUCAUUUCUAGAAGACUUGAAUAAUGUGCUAAAUUCUGGAGACGUCCCUAAUAUUUAUCAACCGGACGAAUUGGAUAAGAUUUUCCAAGAAAUGAGAGGUGUGGUACAAGAAAUGGGUCUCGUGGCGACAAAAUCAAAUCUAUUUGCCACUUAUCAGAAAGUUGUUAGGUCGAAUUUGCACACAGUUGUUACAAUGAGUCCGAUCGGUGAUAUUUUCCGGGCUAGACUGCGCCAGUUUCCGGCUUUAGUCAAUUGUUGUACAAUCGACUGGUUUAGCGAAUGGCCGGAUUCUGCCCUUCAGUCGGUAGCGUUUCAAUUUUUGGAUGACAUGGCAGAAUUGAACGUGGAAGAAGAAGUCCUUCAUGGAAUCGUUAUGGUGUGUCAAUUUAUGCAUGCGAGUGUCGUCGAUGCGAGCAUACUUUACAAGCAAGAGCUGUCAAGACAUAAUUAUGUCACACCAACGUCGUAUCUCGAACUUUUGUCGAGCUAUACUGAUCUCAUGUUGAAAAAAAGGGGAGCUUUAUCGGAAGGCAUCACGAGAUUGUCGACCGGGUUGGAUAAGCUCAAAAGCACUGCAGAAGAAGUAAAAAUCCUCCAGGCCAGCCUCGAAGAAAUGAAGCCGGCGUUGGAAGCCGCGAAACAAGACGCCGAAAUAAUGAUCGCCGAAAUCGCUAAAGACCAAAUCGUGGCCGAAGAGACGAAAGAAAUCGUUGAAAAAGAAGAGCUCGAGGCGGCUAAAAAAGCUCUCGAAACCCAAACAAUCGCCGACGACGCUCAACGAGAUUUAGAUGAGGCAAUGCCGGAUCUGUUAGCGGCUGAGGCUAGUUUGAAAUCGCUUAAUAAAAAUGAUAUUUCUGAAGUGCGAUCGAUGAAGCGUCCGCCGGCAGGGGUAGUAUAUGUCAUUGAAUCGAUUUGCAUCAUUAAAAACAUCAAACCGGCGAAAUUACCCGGAAGAAUGCCUGGAGAAAAAGUUUUAGACUACUGGGAACCGGGGCGCAACAUGCUCGCUGAUCCGGGCGUGUUUUUAGCCUCGUUAAUGAACUUUGAUAAAGAAUCAAUCACCGAAGAAAUGAUCGACAAGUUAAAAAAUUACGUAUCGAAUCCACAAUUUCAGCCGGCAAAAGUGGCGAAAGUUUCGAAAGCGUGCAAGUCGCUUUGUAUGUGGGUCCACGCGAUGUACAAAUACUACUUUGUAAAUAGGCGAGUAGCGCCAAAGAAAGCCGCUUUGGCACAGGCGAAAGCCGAGUUAGCCAAAACUGAAGCGGCUUUAGCCGAGGCCAAAGCUAAAAUGCAAGCGGUUAUGAAUAAUUUACGGUUGUUACAAGAAAAAUUAGGGGCAAAAAUUGCAUUCAAAGAGGAGAAAGAAGCGAGUAUCCAAAUUUGUUUAGAACGGAUGAGUCGAGCAGUUCGCUUAAUCAACGGAUUAUCUGACGAGAGAGUUCGCUGGUUGAACACCAUUUCAAGUAUUGAAGCGAGUGUUGUCAACGUCACGGGAGACAUCCUAUUGAGUGCCGGAGCUGUGGCUUAUCUCACCCCGUUUACGGAUAAAUACCGACGAGGGUUGUUGUCCGAAUGGUUAAAAGCGAUAAGGGAACAGAAAAUUCCCUGUUCGGUUGAUCCUAAUCCGGUUUCGGUGUUAGCCGAACCGGUCCAAAUACGUGCAUGGCAGUUGGACGGCCUACCGAGGGAUUAUUUCUCAACGGAGAAUGCUGUUCUUGUUUCAAAUUCGAAACGUUGGCCUUUGUUUAUAGAUCCUCAAGGCCAAGCCAACAAAUGGGUGAAGAAUAUGGAAAGGGCUCAAGGGUUGGCGGUGUGUAAGAUGGCCGAUAAGGAGCUGUUGCGUACUUUAGAGUCAGCGGUUAGGUUUGGUAAACCAGUUUUGAUCGAAGGAAUCGGAACAGAUUUAGAUCCGUCUCUGGAUCCUGUUUUGCUUAGACAAAAGUUUAAACAGGCAGGAACCUGGAUGUUGAAGUUGGGUGAAGUCGUAGUGCCUUACGAUGACGAUUUCCACUUAUACAUGACUACGAAAUUACCAAAUCCCCAUUAUACUCCUGAAGUUUCAGUUAAGGUUCUUUUGGUGAACUUUACUCUGGUCCCGAGUGGCUUGCAAGACCAGUUACUGGCUUUGGUUGUAAUGCAGGAACGUCCCGACUUGGAGGACCAGAGAAGUCAGUUGAUUGUCGGGAGUACACAGAUGAAACAGGAAUUGAAAGAAAUCGAAGAUAGGAUUUUGUAUAAGUUGAGUUCGUUGGAAGGUUCACCUUUGGAUGAUUUAGAUUUUAUAAUAACACUCGAAGCAUCGAAAGUUAAGAGCGACGAUAUUAAAAAUAAAGUGGUCGCCGCAGAAAUAACACAAAUCGACAUCGACAAUACACGUGCCCUGUACAUUCCAGUGGCAAAUAGGGCACAGAUAUUAUUCUUCUGUUUGUCCGAUUUAUCAAACGUCGACCCUAUGUAUCAAUACUCGUUGGAGUGGUUCGUCGGUAUUUUUAUAGCAAGUAUGGCUGAUACGGAACGAACCGAAAAUAUUGAAGAAAGAGUUGUGAUAAUUAACGACUUCUUUACGUUCAGUUUGUAUAGUAAUGUUUGUCGCAGUUUGUUUGAAAAACACAAAUUACAUUUUGCGUUUUUGAUGUGUGCAAGGAUAUUAAUGGACAAAGGGAAAAUCGACGGACAUGAAUGGCACCACUUUUUGGCAGGAAGCACCCCUCUUUCGGAAGAUCCAAACCCCGCGCCUGAUUGGCUCUCAGGCAAAGCGUGGAAGGAAAUCCUCGCAAUGCGCGUCCUUCCAAAUUACAUCCAAUUCGUCGAUACUUUUGAUCAAUACAAAGAAGAUUAUCGCGUCAUAUUUGAGUCUGCAGAUCCACACAGAAAACCUUUACCUGAAGAGUUCGAAAAGUCAUUCUCCGAGUUUCAAAAGCUAUUAGUUUUGAAGUGUUUACGUCCCGACAAAGUGACAAACGCCAUGCAAGACUUUAUUUCGUCCAAAAUGGGUCAGAGAUUUAUCGAGCCACAGACCACGGAUUUAUCAGUCGUGUUCAAAGACUCCGGUCCUACAACGCCUUUGAUUUUCGUCCUAUCCACCGGAACGGAUCCGGCCGCAGAUCUCUACAAGUUUGCAGACAAGAUGAAAUUCGCCAAGAGGAUGUUUUCGAUUUCGUUGGGUCAAGGCCAAGGACCGAUUGCUGAGAAAAUGCUACACAAUGGAACCGAACUCGGGUCGUGGAUUUUCUUCCAGAAUUGUCACCUGGCCCCUAGUUGGAUGCCACGUUUGGAACGUCUAGUAGAGAAUAUCUCGCCAGAAAUUGUGCAUCGCGAUUUCAGAAUUUGGUUGACGUCGACACCGUCGCCGCACUUCCCAGUCUCUAUCUUACAAAACGGGAGUAAGAUGACCAUUGAACCUCCGGCGGGGAUUAAAGCCAACAUCAUGCGUGCUUACACGAAUCAGGUGUCUGAUUUGAUCGAUAUCCUGCACGGCGAAGGCCCGAAAAAUUUUAAUUUUAAAUGGUUGUUGUUUUCGUUGAGUCUCUUUCACGGCGUUUUGCUCGAACGACGCAAAUUUGGACCAUUGGGAUUCAAUAUCCCUUAUGAAUUUACAGACGGUGAUUUGAAAAUUUGCAUCUCACAGCUUAGGAUGUUCCUGUGGGAGUACGUCGACAUUCCUUUCAAAGUUUUAACCUACACGGCAGGUCAUAUCAAUUACGGGGGAAGAGUAACCGAUGAUUGGGAUAGGAGGUGUCUGAUGAAUAUUUUGGCCGAUUAUUAUAAGCCGGAAGUGGUCAAUGGGGAUUACGUCUUUGACGCACUCGGAUUUUACCACCAAAUGCCUGCAGAGACUUCGUAUUAUGAUUACUUGGACUAUAUCAAACACUUUCCGAUUAACGAUGAUCCGGAACUGUUCGGAAUGCAUCCUAAUGCUGACAUCUCAUUUGCACAAGCACAAACUUAUAGUUGCUUAUCAACUCUGCUGACGCUGCAGCCGAGACAAGUCGGAGGUGCAGCUGCGAGUGAAGAGGAAAUUAUUGCACAAACGGCAGCUUCCAUACUUAAUCAUUUGCCGAGACCAUUCGAUUUGGAAGCGAUUUCCGUGAAAUAUCCGGUCCUGUAUGAGGAAUCAUUAAACACAGUUUUAAUUCAAGAAGGAAUUCGCUUUAACCGCCUUCUCAAAGCAAUCGAAAGCAGCCUCAAAGACCUUCUUAAGGCCAUCAAAGGCCUUGUUGUAAUGUCCGAAGCACUUGAUAAAAUGGCGACUAGUUUAUUUAGCAACAUCGUACCAGCCCUAUGGUCUAGUAAAGCCUACCCUUCACUCAAACCUUUAGGCGCUUGGGUUGCGGAUUUAGACGCCCGUGUCAAGUUUUUAAACACGUGGGUCGAGCAAGGCAUUCCUGCCGUUUUCUGGAUUUCGGGUUUCUACUUCCCUCAAGCUUUCCUCACUGCGACUUUGCAGAAUUUCGCUCGAAAAUAUGUUGUGUCAAUCGAUACGAUUAAUUUUUCGUUUGAGGUUCUCGAGAAUGCUCCAGUAAGGCGGCCGGAUGAUGGGUGUUGUAUAUGGGGGCUGUUUCUGGAGGGUGCUAGAUGGAAUAGUUCGUUACAGACUUUAGAUGAAUCGCACCCUAAAGAAUUGUAUACUGAAAUGCCGGUGGUUUGGUUACUACCAGAGGAAAAUCAUGUUAAACCGGAAGGGAGAUAUGUGUGUCCGGUUUACAAGACUUUGACUAGAGCUGGGGUUUUGUCGACUACAGGACACUCGACAAAUUAUGUUUUAGCGAUUGAAGUGCCGAGCAAAAAAUCGGAAGCGCAUUGGAUCAAAAGAGGAGUAGCACUAAUCUGUGCACUGGAUUACUAAAUGAAAAGAAUUUUUAUUUUAAGUUUUUUUUAUUUAAUUAAAUAUAUUUUUGUAACAAACUUGGUAACAAAGGUUUUUCAUU